AUGGAAUACAUUUCCAGAAAUGAGUUUUAUCUCUUCCUACAGAAAAAAAUCAUUUCUGAUUCGGAAUUCUUCGCAUUUUUGGAAAAAUACCAAAACUCCUGGUACGCCAUAAUUGACGGGUAUGAAAAAAAAUGGACCACAUUUUUGAUAGACAAAAUAAAGGCCUACAAAUGA